AUGUCUGGCGGCGUCGAUUCGAGUGUGGCGGCUCAACUAAUCAAAACUGCACACCCUCACUCGAAAAUCAAACCAAUCUUUGUCAGAAGUUGGUCCAAUGAGGAAGCCACAGUCGACCAUCCUUCAGACUCUCGCAUCAAGACCAACUGUCAGUGGAGGAAAGAUUGGAACGACUUGAUUCAGGUUUGUCAGCAAUUGUCCAUCGACCCCCCUCAACUGAUUGACCUCUCUAAGGAGUACUGGAACCGCGUCUGGGACCCGUGCUUGGAGAUCUGGGAAAAAGGCGGAACUCCCAAUACUGAUGUGAUGUGCAAUCGGUUCAUUAAAUUUGGAGUCCUUGCAGAACGGAUAUUUCAAGAUGAUCCCAACAGUCUACUAGCUACCGGUCAUUAUGCACGUUUGGCGUAUCAACCCCGGUUGAAGUUGAUGAACGCAAUUGACAGGCGCAAAGAUCAAUCCUAUUAUCUCUCAACUACCUCUCCUGAGGUGCUAAGUCGCACCAUCUUUCCUCUUGGUACUCUGACUAAAGUUGAAGUAAGAACCAUCGCUGACGAUCUCGGCUUGGUCAACUCUCAGAAGAAGGAGAGUAUGGGUGUAUGUUUUGUCGAACCCAGUAUUCGCAAAGGCCAAUUCAAUACGUUUUUGGCUGAACAUCUCAACCAAAACCCCGGGAACAUCAUCAGUAGAAGUGGAAAAGUAUUAGGAACUCACCAAGGCUUGUGGAAUUACACAAUUGGUCAACGUUGCCGGAUACCUUCCCAAUCAACGAAGAUGUUUGUGUCCGGAAAAGAUACGAAGAAAAGUCAAAUCACAGUUGUCCCUUCUCACAAUCAUGCUGAUCUAUAUUCCACAAUCAUUCACUGUCAAGAUUUCCAUUGGAUCCAUCCCGAUUUUAACACCCAAGCUGGAAGAAAAGGACUAACGGCCAAGAUCAGGACAGGCAACAUCAAUCCAAUCCCGUGUUCUGUGCAAAUUUUGAACCCCGAAGGUUCCGAGAUUCGAGUUGAGUUAGACAAAAAAGAACAUGGCGUGGCGUCUGGCCAAGUACUCGUUCUUCAACAAGAGGAUGAGAUUUUGGGUGGAGGAGCUAUCAGGCUUGCUUAUAGGGAUAAAACCCACGAAGAAGUUCUUUACCUUGACCACAGUGUCAGCUGA